UACAUUUGCAAUAAAACAAUGUCCUGAAAUUUUACAUGAGUUCCUAUGUACGGUUAGCACUAACGAUGAAUAUGACAUGCGACCACCCUGUGUGGCGCAACUGGUUCCGUCUUCAAAGCUUCUCACCAUAUUAGGGAAUGUGGAAUGCAUGGAGACGAAACCAUCAUAACCAGAUUGCCAGUUGCCAACAUGAGCGAGUUAAAAGAUUGCCCGCUGCAGUUCCACGAGUUUAAAUCUGUGGACCACGUGAAGCUGUGCCCCCGAUACACGGCGGUGCUGUCCCGCUCAGAAGAUGAUGGCAUCGGCAUUGAGGAGCUGGACACCCUUCAGCUAGAAUUAGAAACUCUACUGUCCUCAGCCAGCCGCCGACUUCGUGUUUUAGAAGCAGAGACGCAGAUCCUGACAGACUGGCAGGAUAAGAAAGGAGACCGGAGGUUUCUGAAGCUUGGGAAGGAACAUGAGCCUGGUACGCCAGUUAAACACAAACCCAAAAAGCCAAAGCUGGAAGGUAAAGGAAGUCACGCAUCUGGGACAGGCCCAGGAAGACCCAAGUCCAGAAACCUACAGCCAAAAAUCCAGGAAUAUGAGUUCACAGAUGAUCCAGUUGAUGUUCCUAGAAUACCUAAAAAUGAUGCCCCAAACAGAUUUUGGGCUUCUGUUGAACCAUAUUGUGCAGACAUAACAGGAGAAGAGAUAAAGGUUCUGGAGGAUCUUCUGAAGACGCCAGAGGAUGAGGCUGACUACUACAAAAUUCCACCUCUUGGGAAGCAUUACUCCCAACGUUGGGCUCAGGAGGAUUUACAAGAGGAACAGAAAGACGGAGCCAGGGCCUCUAUGGCGGGAGACAAGAAGAAAGGGCCUUUAGGACCACUAACCGAGCUGGACUCCAAAGGUAAUGUCGACUCAAUGCUAAAGAAGUCUGAAUCCCAGCAUGACCAGCCGGAGGAUGGCUGUCCAUUUGGUCAUCUGACACAGCGUCUACUGCAGGCUCUUGUUGAGGAAAAUAUUAUUUCCCCAAUUGAAGAUUCCCCUAUUCCUGAGAUAUCUGGGAAAGAGUCCGGAACUGAUGGAGCCAGUACAUCGCCACGAAGCCAGAUGAAACCAUUCAGUGCCCCACAUACAAAGUCUUUAGAAGUCAGAAUUAAGGAAGAGUUGAUAGCCCAGGGUCUACUGGAGUCUGAGGAUCGACCAGCUGAGGACUCUGAAGAUGAAGUGUUGGCCGAGCUCCGCAAGAGACAGGCAGAGCUAAAAGCUCUUAGUGCUCACAACCGGGCCAAGAAACAGGAACUCCUGAGAUUAGCAAAAGAAGAAAUGAAUAAACAGGAGCUUCGGCACAGGGUACGCAUGGCUGACAAUGAAGUUAUGGACGCUUUCAGAAAGAUCAUGGCCGCACGGCAGAAAAAAAGGACUCCAACCAAGAAGGAGAAGGACCAGGCUUGGAAGGCUUUGAAGGAAAGGGAAAGCAUAUUAAAACUGUUAGAUGGAUGAACAGGAAAGAGGAGAGGACCCUUUUAUGUACUUGAACCAGCCGCUCUGCCAUUGUGGAAAUGUAACUAUUUGUCGCUUCUUUUUCUGAACUUGUUGCUGUCUCGAAGAAGGAACUUUUACAUUUGUUUGUCUUAUUUUUGUGUUAUUUUAUUGUGCCUAUGUUCGUUUGUUCUUUUUUUUAAUAAUGACCUUUAUGUGAUGACAAUAUUUUCAAAAAAAUAUUGGUAAAAUAAAAUGACCUACGAAAAAGGGUGCUUUGUAUGACAUUUGCAGAUGCUGAUAUCACAACCAAUUUAAAGUGCCAAAGUUUUAGUUGCAUUUGUAUUUAAGAGUAUCAGAGUAUUUAAUCCAU